AUGGAUAAGGGCAAGCGACCAUUAAUCGAGGAUGAAGAAGAAGAUUUCUUUUCUGUUUUAAAUGGUUUACAUGAAGAAAUGAUAUCUGGAUCAGCGGAUGAAACCCCUCUUGUGGGUGAUAUGAACAGCAUGGAUGAAGAACUCUUUUCCAAGUUCUUGACCAUGAAUUUUAAUGACAACUCUUCAAACAUGGAGGCAAGUUCCAAGGCAGCAACAUCAGCCUCAGAGGCUUUGCCUGUUGCUCAACCGCCACGAAAUUUAAGAUUGCCAAGAUUACCAAGGCCAAAAUUAAGUUUGAAAAUAAAUCAAAGACACAGCGGCGAUGCAUCAAUUACACAGCCGCGAAUUGUCAGAACUAAAUCAUUUGUAGUCAGAAAAGCCAUGCCUCGUGAUGAGCUUGAAAUGUUGGCCUUACAUGAUCCAAAGCGAGCAAACAGAAUUAUGACAAAUCGAAUGUCAGCGAUAAGGUCAAAAGAGAAGAAGAAGCUGUACAUUUACAUGCUUGAAAAUAAAUUAUCUGCUUUGCAAUCCAAAUCAACUGAAGUGACUUCUGAAUUGAAAAAGUUGGAGGCAGAAUCCGAAUCCUUGAAUGCUGAAAAUAAAAUGUUGACAACUCGAAUGGAGCUUGCUCAGCAACAGGUUAAUUUGCAAGAUGCAUUGAACGAUCAAAUAAAAAGUCAAAUCCUGCACACGAAAGCCUUGUUAUUGAGACAAAAAAAUGCACCAAAUUAUGGCGGACCCGUCGCCAAUCCUUAUCCCGGAAACAUUAAUCCUGCAAUGAUGAAUGCACCAUUAGCCGCGCAACAGUUUCCACGGCUCCAGCUUCACCAUCCUCACCAGCAGCAACAACAGAACUUUGAUUUUCAGCAGCCUAAUCUUGGGCAACUUAAUUAUGGUGUUCAGUAUGGUCCAGGAGAACCCAGCCAACCUCAACCUGAACGGCUGCAGCAGCAGCAAGUGAAUCCUCAGCCAUCCUUUAUAGAACAGGUGCUCGCUGCAGAAAAAUCCAUAUAUAAGUGA